UGGACGAGAGAAACUUCAAACCAAUCGAAAGAAUCCGAAGAAUCACUUACUGUAUGGAAUUGUGUAGUGUGUUGAAUUACAUUUGAAAUCGUUGCAGAUUUUAAAAUUAAGUGUUGCUAAGGAAGUAUACCGUAAUGGAUGUCAUGUCACCGCAAUUGAUGUGGGUUGGGACUCGCUGUUAUCGCGUGAAUCAUGUUUCCGAGCAACGAUACCAAACGCAGGAUGAUAACAAACCAUACAUUGAAGAAGAUCUCUACGAGGAAGAUGACCGUGAACUGGAUUACGAUAUCGAAAUGAAGGAAGGUGGCAAAUUGCAAACCUCAUUCCACGUCCCGUCCACAUUCUUCGCGAUGAUCAUUGGCAGCAAAGGCACUGCCCGACGUCGGCUGGAGGCGGAAACCAAAACACAAAUAAUCGUACCCAAACAGGGCACCGAAGGGGACAUCGUCGUGAAAGGCACCUCGAGGAAAGCGGUUGCGGCAUGUCGACAGCGGAUCGAGUUGAUCGUGCUUGGAGCUCGCACCAAGCAACAGUUUACUCACUUCCUCUCGGUUCCACUGAAUUCGAGCGAGAUCAAGACCAACUAUAGUCGGUUCCGUGAGAAGGUGCUUACCGAAUUGCCCAGCUUGUUUCAGUUGGACGAAUCGUUGUUUCAGCGUGUUGAUAAACUGCACUUGACGCUAUGUACGAUGAGUUUGAUGGACAACGAGGAUCGAUCACAUGCCGCCCAGCUACUGCAGGAGUGUCGCGAAACGAUAAUCGAACCAAUUUUAGCUGAUUUCGGCGCCGUGGAGAUUCGUGUUCGUGGGUUGGAGUACAUGAACGACGAUCCGCAUGCGGUGGAUGUUUUGUACGCUAAUGUGGAAUCAGAAGCCCUUCAGCAGAUUGCUGAUCAGAUGAUGGAAUAUUUCGUCGCCAAUGGAUUGAUGCAGCGAAAGCACGAUCGUGUAAAGCUGCAUGUUACGCUGAUGAACUCGCUGUUUCGGGAUAGUGGCGACGGUAGCAGCGGUGGCGAGAGCGAUGGGAAGCGUGGCACAAGAGUUACCUUCGACGCAACGGCUAUUCUCCGAGAGUUUGGACACUAUAAUUUCGGUACGCAGAAGGUCUCGGAGAUUCAUCUCUCCCAGCGUUACUCGACGGCUUGCGAUGGUUUCUACGAGGCAACGGGAAUGGUUAAGAUCUAGAAGGAAUAUCAGUGGUGAUUUUACCUCAGAAUUUCCAAAAACCCAAGAAUUAUUGCUAUAGCAGGGAAUUUUCUCUAGAUGAAUCAUACCGCUACUAUUUAUAAAAAACAUUUAUAACAUUCUUGGAUGUCAAAACACCUGUUAUAAAAUAGAUACUUAUCGAACUAUUUUGGCAAUUAUUAUUCGAUUCACAUCGACCUUUUUUGAUUGAGUAAAUACAUUUUUUGGGACACUAUUCCAAAGUAUAAACGUUAAAGAAAAAAAUAGCUGCUGUUUCAGUGGAAGAACUUUGUGUUUCUGAGUGUUGCAUUCUGGUUUAACAUAAAAUUGUACGAUUACGAUUUUGCUAACAGUUUGACUUUGAUGUAAACAUCGCAAGGCCUUUGUAAUACUUGUAUGUUCGACAUGCAUUGUGUUCUAUUUGUAGGCUAGCAGUUGCGCCGCUUGUUAUUAUUUGUGUGCCUUUAGUUUUAUUGCGGUUGUAUGUAAGUCCCAGUCGUAGUUUUGCAGUGCUUCGCGGCACUCCUGAAGCGAGAGGUUGAAGCUGGAGAGGAUAUUCUGCAGCUUGCAAAGUUUGAUUGCCUUGUGGAUGUCCCAGUCGAUGAAGUCCAGCGUUACUAGGCACUGUUCCGGAGAAGUCUGGAAUAGUAAUGGAAUGAUCAGUUAGGUAUUAGUUUGUGUGUGAAACAUUUUUCUAUCUAUAUGGAUAAAAACAUCCAAAACUAUGGUAGAAUGAAACCAAUUUUGUAAAAGAGAAAUAUGUUUUCCCAAUGUUUUCAACUUCUUUUUUUCCAAUAAGCUGCUGGAUUUUUUGUCAAAAAAGACCUGUGAGAGUUUAGAAGCCAUUUACUUAUGCGCUGUUUACCCUUCUGAAUGACUAACUUCUUCUAACUGAUAAGGUAAUUUAUAUGAAUCCCUUUUUAUUGGUUUCAUUAAAAAAAUACGUGUCCUAAUUUUGGAGCAUAAUGCAUUACAAUUUUUCAGUAAUUCGAAAGAGAGGAAUGUUUAAAUUAAGUUUUGAGACUCAGUACUGCUUUGAAAUGAGUUCAUCGGACCUUGUUAUAUAAAUCGAAUCGGAGAUAAAAUGACUAUCACAUCACACCGAGCAAAUUUUGCAUUUUGUAAAUCCAGAUAAUUUCUUAUCGCGCUCGAAUUUUAUGUAUUGCAAAUGAAUAUAUUCAGGCGUUUCUGAAAUGUUUCUCAAAGAAAUUUGAAAAAUUACCUCAUUUUCUAAUGUUC